CUGGGUGGGUCCCACCGGAUUUCACUGCCUGGAAGGAGCUCUUGCCUUGGCUGAAGUGCCCCGAUUCGGCUCUGGGGAGCAAAGUUUGGGGGAGGAUCGCCAAGGCUGGGGCCACACUGAAUUAAUGUUUCAGAAUUCCUCUAGAUUAGAGGUGAUGGAACGCCGCUGAGAGGUCUGACAAGAUGUACCAGGUCCCACUGCCGCUGGACCGGGAUGGGACCCUGGUCCGGCUUCGCUUCACCCUGGUGGCCGUGGUCAUGGUCUGCUGUCCACUUAUCGCCUUCUUCUUCUGCAUCCUCUGGUCCCUGCUCUUCCACUUCAAGGAGACUACGGCCACACACUGCGGGGAUGUUCUCUGCGGCCUCCCAGCCCUUGGACCCCGAUGGGACCGUGUUCCGGCUCCGCUUCACCGCCAUGAUCUGGUGGGUCAUCACUUUCCCUGUGUUCGGCUUCUUCUUCUGCAUCAUCUGGUCCCUGGUGUUCCACUUUGAGUACACGGUGGCCACUGACUGUGGGGUGCCCAAUUACCUGCCCUCCGUGAGCUCGGCCAUAGGCGGGGAGGUUCCCCAGCGCUACGUGUGGCGCUUCUGCAUCGGUCUGCACUCGGCGCCCCGCUUCCUGGUGGCCUUCGCCUACUGGAACUACUACCUCAGCUGUGCCUUCCCGGGUCCCUGCUACCGCCAGCUCUGCCGCCUCAACUUCGGCCUCAACGUCGUGGAGAACCUGGCGCUGCUCGUGCUCACCUACGUCUCCUCUUCCGAGGACUUCACCAUCCAUGAAAACGCCUUCAUUGUGUUCAUCGCCUCAUCUCUCAGUCACAUGCUGCUCACCUGCAUCCUCUGGCGCCUGACCAAGAAGCACACAGUAAGUCCGGAGGACCGCAAGUCCUACAACUGGAAACAGCGGCUCUUCAUCAUCAACUUCGUCUCCUUCUUCACGGCGCUGGCUGUCUACUUUCGGCACAAUAUGUACUGUGAGGCUGGAGUGUAUACCAUCUUUGCCAUCUUGGAGUACACUGUUGUCCUGACCAACAUGGCAUUCCACAUGACGGCCUGGUGGGACUUUGGAAACAAGGAGCUGCUCAUCACCUCCCAGCCUGAGGAAAAACGGUUCUAAACCCUUCUCUCCUGCUGGGCGAGAGGCCCACUGCCCCGACACCAGGAACAAGAUACCACUCUGGCCGUCCCCUACCCCCUGUGUCCUCUCGGGGCCCUCCUGAAGCUGGGCAGAGGGGAAGGGCGGGCGGGCACAGGACACGGCUUUACCCGGCCCUGCUGGGGUCUCCUCUCCCCCGCCCACUGGAAGGCACCAGGGCCUUCAGACAGCACCACCUGUACUUGGGAAGCCCUGAGAAGCCGAGUUGGCAGGAGAGCUUCACCGUCUGGUGCUAAAAAAGUCCUGAGGUUCUAACCACCAUCCGGUUCUUGGCCUUUACAGAGCCACCUCGCGCUGAGGUCAGGGACCACUGAGCAGCGGCUGCUACCAGAAAACCACAGCCAUCUCGCCCCGUGAGGUCAUUCACUUGACUAAUGUGUCUAAGAAUUUCCUCUGCACAGUCAGGCCUAUGGCCACGGUCCCGCUAAGGUUGCCCAGGUGUCCUAGGCCUGACCUCACCUCUGACCGGUGUGCGCCCUUCCCUGUCUGGGCCUCCGCGUGUCCGUGUGGAUGAUGGCGGGUGGGGGAUCUAUGAUUUCCAAGGGCUCUGCCAGCCUGUGCGUCUCCUGGUGGAGGUGGGGGCGGGGUUCUGCCUUCUGCCCCCCAAGGAUAAGAUCCAGAAAAAACACUGGCACAGCUCGUCUUUCCCUUCCCUUCCGAAAUCUCUGGCUUACAGACGCUUCCUCCUUGGCACAGGUGUCAGGUAGAGGGGUCAGAGGCACAGGUUCCCACCCAGAACGGGCUCUCUGGUGUCCCCCCACCCCAUCCCAUCCUCCCCACUGCCUCAGGCCCUCUGCUCUUGGGGUUGUACAUUUUAUUUCAAAGGAAAAUAAAUUUUUUUUUUCCCCCAACA